AUGAAUAACCUGUCGUUUAUACAAGCCAUACCACAAGGGCAGCAAGCUCCAGCUUACGCCGAGGAAGUUCAACAGAGCCGCAUCCUGCCGCUGCUUCCGCACCCGAGCACCGUCCAACCUACCAAUCAAGACUUGGAAGUCACACUCAACGGGCCCGGUGACGCUUCUCAUCCUAGAAGGAAACGUGCUAGUCGUCCCAAGGUGCGAUCUGGCUGCAUCACGUGCAAGAUCCGACGGGUCAAGUGCGAUGAACGCAAACCCACGUGUUUCCGAUGCGAAAAGGCCGACGUGGAGUGCGACGGAUACACGAAAGAGGCCGCAGAUUCCAAGAGGAGUGCAGAGCAGCAGAGACUGGCCGCCGCGGCCCAGGAAGCACAAGCGAGCCGGCAGCUGCUUCCGCGGCCGGGCGGUUCGGGCCUGGCCGCCCCCGAUCGAGAAAUAGCGGCCCAAGUGCCUGUGCCGUUGCCGCUUUACCCCUCGACUUUGAGGGUCAACCAGGAGGAUGUUCACUAUUACGACCUCUUCCGACACCGGCUUGUGCGUGACCUUUGGGGAUCGGGCCAUUCUGAUGCUUGGUCCAGAAUCGUCUUACAGGAGAGCUCACAAGACCCGUGCGUCCAAGAGUCGCUCUUGGCUAUCGGUGCUAUAUCUCAGGCCCAGAUGCUUGAGGAUAUGUCAAAGGAUCAACUGGACGCCAUGCCGUCAGCACUCCGCCCUUGGGGUACCAAGAUGGCACCAUCUGGCGGACUUCUCAACCAUCAUCACAGGUCGGCUUUACUUCAUCACGUCAAAGCGGUUUCGAUAUACAGACAACGAAUCCGGGACCCAUCUUCAACCUCACCAAGAUCAGUCAUCAUCAUGACCCUUUUACUCGUGGGAUUCGAGUUCAUUCAAGGCAACAUGAACAAUGUUGACACUCUGACCGGCACCGGGAUGCGUCUUCUUGAGAACAGAAUCUCGCUCACGCAACGUCCAUCACGUCAUUCAAAUGAGAAUGGAGACGCUUCGACAAGAUCUACACAGUCCGUAGCUACCCAACUACGAAGAGGCGUGCGGGACGAUGAGAUGGAAGACAUUGAGCACCUCUUGCCAUGCCUCUCCCUCAUGAGCGGCUUCACCCACUUCUUUAACUCGCACCGCACUGCAAUGCCAAUGAUGAACGGCACUCCGAUCCUCGAGCUGCCUCAACCAGGCGUCACAGUAGUUGCCAAGCUCGAAGUCUUCUGGGGUCAAUUCUUUACCCGCGCCGUCGUACACAUCAUGCGCUCGCUGCACGACCAGCUUCGAUACAAGCAGCGGAACAUUACACAGGCCACGCUGGAACAAGCUACGUUCCUGUCAUACAUACGAAUGUGGGACUCCGUACUGGAAGUAUACCUCAAAGACCCUUUACUCGAGGAUAACGCCAGACGAGCCCUGCGGAAGAUCCAGAUCCAUCGGCUCUUGAUCCACAUCGUCAUCAGCUGCGGUCUCGACCGGACUGAUAUGUGCUACGACGCUUUUGAGCCCGACUUUAAGGACCUCUUGAACAGAAUUGUGACGUACCUGCGCGACCCGGGACCAAUCUCAAAGGUUGGCUUCACCUUCACAGAAGGCCUCACAACCCCACUCGCCACCAUCGUCGCCAAGUGCCGCAAUCACGAGCUGAGGAUGCAAGCUGUUCACCUCCUCAAUACCAUGGCAUGGAGAGAAAGCGCCUGGGAUGGCAAAGCGCUCGUCAUUGGCAAGUCUGGCGUGGUGAUGUUGGAAGAAAGAGGGAUGGACGCCAAUGGGUUCAUACCGUCUGGGUCGAGGACGGUUCGCCGGUUCAUGCCCAUUUAG